CUUUUCUGUAAAAUUUCCUCCAUUUUCAAACCCUAAAAUUUCUGUCCUUCCCCCCAGCUUGUCUCCCAUCCAUAAUCGUCAUGAAAAGUGACUCGGAACAGCUCACUGAGUCACUAAUCCUCCCGGCCAGCAAGUCGCAAAAGGCCUGGCAUAUUUUUUCUCUUCUAGUCUUCAUCGGCAAGCCCACCCCUCUACGGGAACUCGCUUCUCAGUGCACUUUGUUCCCGGCAAGCCCUGCUCUCAUUUCCUCCCUCUGUUCCAUUCCAAACUCUCCCAUCACUCUCUCAAACAAGUAUUUCGUCGCUAUCUCUUCAACAGGCCUUUCUUUUUUGGCCUCUUACUUAGCCCGAAAUUUCACCGUAGCUGAAGCUUUUACGUCGUCGCCGAUUCGAUUCGGUGGUUUCCAGAAGAUAUGGCUUGGCAAGAGGAAGCGGGACGCGGUGGAUUAUGCAGAGGAUAAGAAGGAGAGAGAGUUGGCUCUGUCGUUGAAAAGAAUUCGAGGUUAUUGUACUAAGGUAGAUGACCAUCUAAGUGAUGAUAUCAGCAGACUUGUAGAAUUGAGUAAUCCGUUGUUCUUGGUAAAUAACAUUGUGCUCAACCCCUGCUUUCUACCUGAAACUAGUGCUAGACAAUUAAGUUGUAAAGUGGACGGUAUUGAUAAUGUGGACACUGAAGUGAGUGUGGAAGACAUCAUGCAGAGAAAUGUCAGCAUAGAAUUAGCAGCUAGUGAGCCUGAACCAGAAUCAACAGUUCCAACUGCAAAACCAGAUCAUGAGUUAGAAGUUAAAGCAGUUAAAAUUCCUCCUGUAUAUUCCACAGAAUGUGAUAAACAGAGCAAUAUAUCUGUAGUGGUGGGUGGAAAAUUUAAUGUGGAUUGUACCACAACAAAUUUUAGAAUUGCAGACAAUGAAGUGAUUCCUGGGGACAGUAAGAAAGAAGAGAAACUUGAUUUGGUUAGUCAAAGCCAAGGCGCAAUAGAUCUUUCCUCUUCAUUUAACAUUGACCUUAACGAGGUACCACCUGAAAGGGAUUUGGAAAGCAAUGAUAAGGAUAUCUGCACUCAUAAGAUGCCAUCUCUAGCUGGGGAACAUCCCAUUGUACCAGCAGAUGUCAGUGUUAUCCAUUCUGUUGCCAAAAUUUCUGUUUCCAAGGAGCAGCUGGCAGAGCCUUCUGUGAAGGCAAAGACUAAUCAGAGGGAUAUGGUGGCUCCAGUAAUGCAAACCGCCAGCAGGUCUUUGGGGCGUACCAAGGUUGUUCAUACUUACAAAAGGAAGCUGCAUGGUGAAAGAGAUCAUCUAUCAGUUCGUGCUGCACAGAAAUCAAAUCAGAACCAUAAGGACAUAUAUGUUAAAGAAAGAAGGGGAAACUCUACCUCUAUUUCUUCUCAGGACCAGUCAAAGCCAAAAGUACUGCCAGAUUUUGAAUCUUAUAUCGUAGAAGAGGAAGAAGGUUCAGGUGGUUAUGGCACAGUAUACAGGGCGCGAAGGAAGAAUGAUGGAACAUUAGUUGCCAUUAAAUGUCCUCAUGCUAAUGCUCAUAAGCACUAUGUUUACAAUGAGCUGAAAAUGCUGGAGCGUUUUGGUGGUAGAAACUUUGUAAUAAGAUAUGAAGGAUGCUUUAAGAGUGCAAAUUCUGAUUCCUUUGUUCUAGAGUAUGUUGAGCACGACAGGCCUGAGGUCUUGAAAAAAGAAAUUGAUGUUUUUCAGUUACAGUGGUAUGCUUAUUGCUUGUUCAAAGCUCUUACAAAUCUUCAUAAACAGGGAAUAGUUCACAGAGAUGUUAAGCCAGGAAACUUUCUUUUCUCUCGUAAGACCAACAAAGGUUAUCUUAUUGACUUCAAUCUUGCCAUGGAUCUGCAUCAAAAGCACAGGAGUAUGGACAAAUCAAAGUUGGGAUAUGAUGUAAGUUUUAAUCGUAAUAUUGUUCCUACCAAGGCCAUUCAUCCUGCAAAUAGCAGCAAGAUUUUAAAUAUUAAAUUAUUGGAGGGGAUCAAUAUAAAGGCAACAAAAGACUCCAGGUUAACUUUAGAGCCUAAGAACAUGAAGAAGACAGCAGGACAAAGAAAGGCUCGUAAUGACUUGAGUAGUUGGAAUAAAAUCAAUAGUCAGGGUGCAGAUGGCUCUGGCAUCACCUCAGCAAAGGAUUUAAGUGCAAGGACUCCUUCAGCAGAAAGGCUCAGAGAACCUUUGCCAUGCCAAGGUAGGAAGGAGCUCAUCAGCCUGUUGCAUGAAGCAAUGCAGAGUCCAAACCAUGGAGUGUCACAUGUUCCUGCUCCCAUGAGAAAGCGAGUUGCUGCUUCUCCAGGAAAAAUGGAUAGACAGGUUCUUCAUCUUACUCCAAUGCCUUUGAACUCAAAUAGCUUUGCUAUUGCUGGAGUUGGCUUAGCCAAGAACAAAGGGGAUGGGAAGUAUAAAAGAGAAGGUCCUUGUGCUGGGACAAAAGGCUUCCGAGCUCCGGAGGUCUUAUUCAGAUCUCAACAUCAAGGUCCAAAGAUUGAUAUCUGGUCUGCUGGGGUCACUCUACUCUACCUAAUGAUAGGGAAAUCACCCUUUUUUGGUGAUCCUGAACAGAACAUAAAGGAUAUCGCAAAGCUGAGAGGUAGUGAAGAUCUGUGGGAAGUUGCCAAGUUACAUAAUCGUGAACCCUCAUUCCCUGAGGACCUCUAUAGUAAGCAGUCAUUGGCAUCUGUGAACCUACGGGAAUGGUGUCAAAUUAAUACAAAGAGGCGAGACUUCCUCCAGGAGAUACCAAGCUCACUUUACGAUCUCGUGGACAAAUGCUUGACAGUGAACCCAAGAUCAAGGAUUACAGCAGAGGAUGCUCUGAAGCAUGAAUUCUUCGCUUCAAUACAUGAAAACCUGAGGAAGCAUAGGGCAAUCAAGCAGGGACUCAGCUUGGAAUCUGGGACUAACAGAUCCAUUAAGGCUUCUCUUGAAAAAGCUUGAUCAACUGUGAGAGCAUACUCCACUUUUUGAAGGUAAAAGGCAGGCUGGAAUCAUUUUCUGCAGUUCUUAAUUCUGUAAAUGUAGUCAAAUCUUCAACCCCUGCAAAAUUUCCUCUUAACGUUACAUGUUCAAAUUUUUUGUAACUGUAUCCGUUACCCGAAAUAGAAAAAUGCAAAUCCAAUAGUA